AUGAUCCUUUCCGUGGUAAACGUCCUUUCGACCGCUAUCAAAGCCAACGCUGCCGUGGUGCUGCAGAUGCUUGAUAAGCUUCCUGCUCUUGGAGUUGAGCAGAGGGCGAUUGUGGAGGCGGUGUUGGAACUAGAAGAUUCGGCGGCAACGGGUGUUGCGGGAGGUGAUAUGAUGAAUACAAGGGGCACGACGGAGAUGGGCAAGUCCACGAAGUUUAUGAUGAAUAUGGACGUGAUGCGUUUUCGAGACCGCAAAGGUCUAUACGGUUACAGGAAGUCCGUAGCAUUGUUGGUAGCCGCUGAACAUCAAGUACGCCAGAUUGCACUACUAUCCGGUCUCCAGCCAUCACCUCACAUUCAAACGGAACAACAAAUUUGGGCCUCAGAUGGAUCAAUGGUACCAGCAUCAGCAGGUCUACUCGACAAACGUUCAGUGACAACAUCACUGACGGGCCCUACAACGCUUGUUGCCCAAGUCUCCGGGAUAAGUGCAUUCAUCACUCACGGUGAAUUGGCAGGGAUCACGGCGGCAUUGAUAUUGGCUAAGGACUCAAAUGACUCUAUUGCGGUUCUCCACACUGAUUCACUUUAUUGCGUUAGAACAAUUAGAGAGGGCUUAGCCCAAUCUGAUCCGGGAGCAAUGGCAAACAUCAGGCGAUACAACGGUCGCUCUUUCUACAGAUGGAUAAACGUCAUUCUGCAUCGUAAAUCAACUUAUAUACAGCACGUUAAAGCUCAUACCGAAGAUACAUCCCUUCCAUCCCUUCUGAACUCCGAGGCAGAUCACUAUGCAACAUCAGCUCAGAAACUCGUACACCGGAUCCCAUCCUUUCCCAUUCCAACAUUUCACAUGGACGAAUUUACGCCGUAUUCCUCGUCGCACGGAUGGACAGAGUCGAAUCUACGCGUAUAUACUGAAACCGUGAUGUUAGAAAAGUCACUGCAUGAAUUGCGAAACAACGUACGCAUGGCAAAAUGGCUUUAUGAACCGAGACCCCCCAGCGAAUUCCUAUACACACGCGCAUAUUCAGCAUAUUCAGCGGCAAUACAACUAUACGCUCGUUCGGGUCAGCUGGCUGUAGCGGAUACACUGUUUUCAAGGGGAAAAAUCGACGAGCCAUACUGCAGAUUUGGAUGUAGGGCACUCGAGGAUCCGCAUCACUUGUUUGUUGAAUGCAAGAGAUACACAGAAUGGAGGGUUGAGACGAGUAAAGAGAUUGAAAAUCGUACACGAAGGAAAACAACAGAAAAGGGCUUCGAGGAGACAUCCCAAACAAGUCUCCUCAAGACAGCUAAGUCACUUUUUAUUAAUGAUAAAGAUAUAUGGCCUCUACAGUACUCCUUUUACUAUCUAGGUCACAUACCAAAGCUCGACUCAUUACUGCCGUAUUCACCAACAAUGACACCUAUUGCAAGAGAACAAUUACUUCACCAUCUGGCAGCAGACUGGCACACACAUAUUAUACGGCUAGCGGGACGUAUUUUUGGGGAUUAUCAACGGGAAAUGGCCAAGAGACUUACCUCGAACCAUAAACCUCGAUGAACCAUCGACGACGCCCCAUUAGUAAACUUCCUUCGCACAAAACCAGCAAAGCCUGGCAUUUUACUUGAUAUCUUAUGAUACUCUUAUUACAUAUUAUGGGCACUCUUACUUAAAGUCUGGUUCAUCGGGGUUACAUGUAGCCUUAGUCCUUUUAGGACACAGAUGAAUAUCAUCUUGUAAACUUGUAAACAA